GUGAAGCAAAGCGUGGUUGGUUGAGGUCGAGGCGCGCGUAGUCGCGUAGUUUUACGUUUGUUGUUCUCAGGUUUGUUCGCGGACCAGGCCGUUUCAGUCGCGUAUCAAACGCCAGUCAGAUCGAACGUGUUUAACACAUUGGCCUCUGUCCUCACCCAAGUCGCAAAUCGCGCGCAUUAUUUCCGUUUGUUCUCUGUUCGUGGGAAAAUCUAAUAGAAAAGGUUGAAUUUACUUAUCUAGCCCCAGAGGUGGUUAAAAUUUAGUGCGUGCAGUAGUCAGCGUGUGAAAAACUAGUACAGGAAAAAUUACGAAAGUUAUCGCAGUUCAAAAAAUCCCCAAGUUCUACCGCUGUGAAUGUUUUGAAUUGCAGUUCAAAAUAAAAUAUACGAAAAUAGCGUGUUGGCGAAUGCGAGUGUGAAACGCAUAAAGAGUUGAUAGGUUCGCUUCAAUCCUCUUCAAGCGAAAGUGAAUAUCCGCAGCAGAUUGGCCAAAGCCAAAUAAGAGAUUGGAUUUCAGUGACACCGUUUGAAGAUUUGUGUGAUAUUGCUUCCCGUUGGUGAGACGUCCGCUAAGCACAGGAAUACCAUGGCCAAGUACGGAGUGUUGCUGUUUGUGUCUGCAUUUUUGCUGGCUGCGUCGUUUCAACAAGCCGAGGCCCUGAGAUGCUGGCGGUGUUCAUCGGACGCUUCGACGGCUGCCUUCUGCGAUGACCCAUUCACGCAGGACAUCAUCACCGAGCAGCAGCGCCGCUGGAGUUUCGUGGACUGCAGCUACCCGCCCGGAGCGGGAUCGUAUCCCUUCAACCAGCAGCAGUCGCAGACGCGGGCCGUGUGCAAGAAGAUGAAACAGAUCAUUAACGAUCGCGUGGUAGUUUCCCGUUCGUGCGCCUGGGAAGACGUCAAUGCUGCACCAAACAGCUGUAUCAACGCUCAAACGCCGUCCUACAUCCGAACGGAAUUCUGCGAAACUUGCACAACCGACGGAUGCAACGGUGCGUCUCAGUAUGGCCCUGCCGUUGUGAUGGUGCUCCUGAUGGCUUUGUUGGCAAAAAUGCUUGCCUGGUAAAAACGGCAAACCCUGAUGACCAUCCCUUUCAAUUUAAGCAGUUUUGAACAUAAGCUUUAAAUCUAGAUCUGAACCGAUACCAACGUUGCCUUAAAUGUAUUUCGAACGAGUUUUUAUCAAUAGGAGCUAUUUAUUGCAUUCGUAGUCCCUUGACAAGUUCAAAAGCUUCAUUAUUGGAUAUGGCAUAAGAUGUACCAUAUCGAAAAAGAUCAAACUAACCUAAUCAAAUUGUUACACACCGACCGGCUUCGAAUGCGCACACUUACAUACCAAAUACGAAUACAAACGUACAAAAUGUGAAACAUUACAUCACAUUCGAUUUCAUAAGCAGUUAAAUUAAUUGCACCUGCUUGCAGAAAAUGGGAAGAUCAGUAAAAAACCGUUAUUUGUUGAUUUAUCUAUCUAACUAGCAAAUAGUACCAACAGCCGUCAUCCAUCUUGAAUCAUAUUCUAAGUAGCACCAUUUUCGAGAUAUCUGUAAAUGAAAUCUAAUCAAAAUCUUUCCGCAGCAGUGAAUUCUCUAUCAAAAGGUGGUUAUCUAGCGUAAGAACUUUCCAUGUACAUAAUAAUUAUAAUUGAUACCGAUAAAUCAAAUAAAACGAACUUGUUUCUAAAAGACCUA